CGAGUGCGUGCAGAGGUGGUUUAUUCCCGUUCUGAGAACCCUUCCCAUGCCCCUCGGAAGCGCACACAAGCUGCCCCACGGCGCCCGGGCACGCAGGCGCGCGCACCCCAGCUCUGCGCAAAGAACAGCUUCGAUUAUCCUGGCUGACGACCAGUCCCGAUGAGGAAGGCAGGCUGGCCGCCCACCUGGGUGCGCCCACAGCCGGUCACCCGGGAGGCCCUCGCGCUGGUAUCCAGAAACUGAAUUUGUUCUCCGAAAUGUCUCAGCUCUUGGAGACAAAGGGGAGAGAGUUGGGCCUGGCUCGGAACCAGGCUCGAGGCGAGUCAGGGAGACGUCCGACCGCCCGUUUCCUAAACCCAGCUGCGAACUCCUGAGCUUCUGAAGAACGUUCCCGGGGGAGUGAUUUGACCAGGUGCAACUCUCUACUCGUCGCCGGAGGCACCGGCGAACGUCACGUGGCGUCGGGGCGGGGACGUAGGCCCCGCCCCCCAAAGGGCCUUUUGUGGGACUCCAGAGGCGCCGGAAACGGCGGCAACGCCGGCGCAGCGCUCCUGACGCGCGCAGCUUCGGCAAUGGCGACUGAGGCGAAGCGCCGGCGGGUGGCGGAGCCUGUGGGCGGCAGCGACGCGGACGCGGACCCGGACCCGGUGCCCGGUUUCCUGAGCUGGUGCCGGCAGGUUGGGCUGGAGUUGAGUCCCAAGGUGGCGGUGAGCCGGCAGGGAACGGUGGCCGGUUACGGCAUGGUGGCCCGGGAGAGCGUGCGGCCCGGGGAGCUGCUGUUCGCCGUGCCGCGGGCCGCCCUCCUUUCGCAGCACACCUGCUCCAUUGGCGGCCUGCUGGAGCGAGAGCGAGGCGCGCUGCAGAGCCAGUCGGGCUGGGUGCCGCUGCUGCUGGCGCUGCUGCACGAGCUGCAGGCCCCGGCCUCGCCCUGGAGCCCCUACUUUGCGCUCUGGCCGGAGCUGGGCCGAUUGGAGCACCCCAUGUUCUGGCCUGAGGAGGAGCGCAGGCGACUGCUGCAGGGCACAGGUGUACCGGAGGCCGUGGAGAAGGACUUGGCCAACAUCCGCAGCGAGUACUAUUCCAUCGUGUUGCCUUUCAUGGAAACCCACCCGGAUCUUUUCAGCCCCAGGGUUCGCUCCCUGGAACUCUACCGCCAGCUCGUGGCUCUUGUGAUGGCCUACAGCUUUCAGGAACCACUGGAGGAAGAGGAGGAUGAAAAGGAGCCAAACUCCCCUUUGAUGGUGCCUGCUGCAGACAUACUAAACCAUUUAGCCAAUCAUAAUGCCAAUCUAGAAUACUCUCCAAAUUGUCUUCGGAUGGUGGCCACUCAGCCCAUUCCUAAAGGCCAUGAAAUUUUCAACACUUACGGGCAAAUGGCUAAUUGGCAACUGAUUCAUAUGUAUGGUUUUGUUGAACCAUAUCCUGACAACACGGAUGACACAGCUGACAUUCAGAUGGUGACAGUUCGUGAAGCAGCAUUACAGGGAACAAAAGCUGAAGCUGAAAGGCUCCUACUCUAUGAACGCUGGGAUUUCUUAUGUAAACUGGAGAUGGUUGGGGAAGAGGGAGCCUUUGUGAUUGGGCGUGAGGAGAUACUCACUGAAGAGGAACUGACCUCUACACUCAAGGUACUGUGCAUGUCUCCUGAGGAGUUCAGAGAGUGUAAAGACCAGGAUGGAUGGGGAGAUAAUAAAAGGGAAGAGGACAGCCUGACCAUCACAAAUAUCCCGAAACUCAAAGCAUCAUGGAGACAGCUUCUUCGGGACAGUGUUUUGUUGACCCUGCAAAACUAUGCCACAGACUUAAAAUCUGAACAAGAUUUACUAGGUAACAAGGAGGUGUACACCAAACUGAGCUGGAGGGAACAGCAGGCCUUGCAGGUUCGCUAUGGUCAGAAGAUGAUCUUACACCAGUUGUUGGAACUGACAAGUUAGCAGGUUUUGUGUUGCCUGAAGAAAUCUCGACAAGAACUUUAUUCUAAGCUAAUAUUCACUGAUGCUUGAAAAAAAUGAGAAUUUGGAUCUUCUGCUUCACUUUUCCUUUCAUUAAGUGCCAAAAGGAAAAGCAGCAAAGGUGGUAUGUUAGGGUUAACUCUGAGGUAAGGCUAACCGUUUGAAGAUUGGGCACAGUCUUUAAAAUUGGAAACUGCUGAUGGUUACUAAGACCAAUAAAUCAUUUAACUGC